AUGGAAACUUCGAUGAAGACACCACCACCGUUGACAUUCGACGGCUACACAAAGGAAAAAUGGAAGAAGUGGAAACAGAAGUUCGACCUUUACAUGAAAGCCACGGGGCUGGACAAGAAAGAGGAAGACCGCAAGGUAGCUGUGUUUCUGCACGUAAUCGGGGACGAGGCACUCGAAAAAUAUAACACCUUUGGACUAAGUGAGGCGGAUGACAAGAAACUCAAUGCAGUGAUAAAAGCAUUUGAGGAUUUCUGCUCCCCGAAAGCAAACGAGACAGUGGAGAGACACGUGUUUUUAACGCGCGCGCAACAAAGUGGUGAAAAUUUUACGAAUUACUUAACAGACCUAAAAACGCUAAGUGCCACAUGUGGUUUUGGUAACCUCAAAGACAGCCUAAUAAAAGACAGAGUAGUCUGUGGAAUUCGCGACACCGAACUGAGGAACCGUUUACUGCGAGAAGAGAACCUAGAUCUGGAUAAAUGCAUACCGAUAUGCAGAGCAGUAGAACUGGCAGAUAUGCAAAUGAAGACGAUUGGUGAAGAUUCGAAAAUACACGUGAUAAAGAGAAAAGUCGAGAACCACGUGGCAACCGGAAGUUCGCGGAAGCAGACCGGGGGCGGCGAAAACAGCAAGACGUAUAGCGGCAACAACAAGGCAAGUGGUGGCGCUGGCAGGAGGUCGCCAUCUUCGUCCAACCAGCAGCGGGUUUGCCAGAAAUGCGGACGACAUCAUGGACUUCGCCAAUGCCCAGCGUUUGGUAAAGUAUGUAAUAAUUGUAAACGAAAAAAUCACUUUGCGAGAAUGUGCAAAAUUAAAAUAAACUCAGAGACUCGCGAUGAAAAAGUAGAUUCGUUGUAUGUCGGUAGCAUGGGGAGCUCUAGUAACGAAUUAGAUUGGACUGAACAGAUUACAAUAAAUAAUUUUUGCAAAAUUGAGGUAAAGCUAGACUCAGGUGCUAGAUGUAACGUCAUGCCAAUAAGUAAAUUAAUAAGUACUAAACUAAAAAGUACCAAGAUUGUUAAAACGAAUGUAAAAUUAACUGCAUAUGGUGGCCAGAGUAUAAGUGUUAUUGGCAAAUGUAGUUUAAAUUGUAAAUUUUCAAAUAGAGAAAGGGCAGAUUUAGAGUUUAUAGUAACCGAAAAUACUGAUAACCAGCCGGUGAUAAUAGGUUUACCUAGUCUAAUAGAACUCAACAUUGUGCAAAGAGUUCACAACAUAAAGGUAGAUGAUAAUGGUUCGUCGAUAGACAAAAUAUUAAAUAAAUAUAAAAAGGCAUUUGAAGGCAUGGGUUGCAUUACUAAUUUCAAAUAUGACAUUCAAUUAAAAACCGAUGCGAAACCUAACAUUGCAGCCGGCAGGAAAAUACCAAUUGCACUAAAUGACUUAGUGAAGGAAGAAUUGUAUAAGAUGGAAAAAGAUGGCAUAAUAAAAAAAGUUACUGAGCCAACUGAAUGGGUUCACCCUAUAGUAAUCAGCAAAAAAAAAGAAUGGUCAGAUCAGAAUUUGUAUAGAUCCAACUGCGCUUAA